AUGGACAAUAUUGAUAUUGGAUCUUGCUACACUAAGUGCAACGGCCUGUAUAGUGCCCUCGAUUCUAACAGACUCUAUUGAAAGAAGGGUUGUGACGCAGAUGAAGAGACUCUUGAUUUGUGCAGGAAAGAUAAGUGCACAGAAGUUUGUAUUAGAAGAGAGCUUGGUGAAGGUAAAGACAAGAAAGCCUCAUGGACUUCCUUCUUUUCGAGAGCACCAAAAGAUUCAGUUGCCUGUAUGGAAGCCUGCUAUAGUGGAUGCUUCCACAGAGUUCCAGAAGAUGACUAAUAACCCAGUCAUGCAGUA